UUCCGAGCUGUUAAUUAGGCAAGGAAAUCAUUCCGAUGCUUCACCAAAAACAUAAAUCUCUUCCUUUCUCUCUCUAGACUCCAAAACUAGCCUUACCACCACCUGCAAGAUCAAGAACACCAAGAAACAAGAGACAGCUAUCGCAAAACUCCAUGGGUACUGAAUUCAAGAGCUCUGCCUCUGCUGUUCCACUGCUUGAAUCUUCUUCUUUAUCAUCUACAGGAACCGCUUCUGCAAUCCAAACGCUUGGGAAUAUUAUUGUUUCCAUUGUUGGUACGGGUAUUUUAGGCCUCCCUUUCGCUUUUCGAAUUGCUGGUUGGUUUGCUGGGUCGCUUGGUGUUAUUCUCGCUGGAAUUGCCACCUAUUAUUGCAUGCUUCUACUGGUUCAAUGCAGAGACAAACAGGCAUCCCAAGAAUUAACACCAGAAACAAGAACAUAUGGUGACUUGGGUUACAAAUGCAUGGGUAAAAUAGGCCGGUUCCUGACAGAAUUUCUCAUUUUCAUAUCCCAGUGUGGAGGAUCAGUAGCAUACUUGGUCUUUAUUGGGCAAAACCUGUCAUCCAUAUUCAAAUGGCAGGACCUCAAUUUAUCAUCCAUCAUAUUCUUGCUAGUCCCUAUUGAAAUUGCACUUUCUUGGAUUGGUUCUUUAUCUGCUUUAGCGCCUUUUAGCAUUUUCGCAGAUGUAUGCAAUGUGUUAGCAAUGGCAAUGGUGGUUAAAGAGGAUGUAGAAAAGGUGUUAAGUGGUGAAUUUAAGUUCAGUGAUAGAACUGCAUUCACUUCUAAUAUAGGAGGAUUGCCGUUUGCUGGAGGAAUGGCAGUUUUUUGUUUUGAAGGGUUUGGGAUGACUCUGGCAUUGGAGGCAUCAAUGAGAGAGAGGGGCAGAUUCCCCAACUUAUUAGCCAAGGCAUUCACUGGGAUUACUCUUGCGUAUGUGUUUUUUGGAUUUUCUGGUUAUAUGGCUUAUGGUGAUCAAACUAGAGAUAUUAUAACACUCAAUUUGCCCCACAAUUGGUCUACCAUUGCUGUUCAGAUUGGAUUGUGCCUGGGACUGGUGUUCACAUUUCCCAUUAUGGUUCACCCAGUUCAUGAAAUUGUGGAAGGGAAGCUGGAAAACAGUGAAUGGUAUCAAAAGCUCUACUAUGAUGAUAGUGGGAAUACAACAAUAGUUGGAAAGUUUGGAAGAUAUGUGAGCCGUUCAAUUUUGAUCAUUGUUUUGGCAUUCUUAGCAUCAUUUGUUCCUGGAUUUGGUGUAUUUGCCUCGCUUGUGGGGAGUACUGUAUGUGCACUGAUCUCAUUUGUUCUGCCAGCCACAUUUCACCUAAUAUUAUUUGGUCCAUCUUUGCAUUUCUGGCAGAAAGCCUUAGAUUAUUGCUUUUUGGUAGGUGGAUUGCUAUUUGCUGGUUAUGGUACUUACAACGCCAUUGUUGGUGUUUGAAACAAAAUUUUGGCUUGAACUCUGUUUAGUUCUGAGGAAUUAUGCAUCUGAACUACAAGCCAUAGCUGCAUGAAAGAGAGAUUCUUUCUGGAAGACAUGCAUUGUUAGAAACUGGUAGAAGGGAUGUGUUUCAGAAAAUUUUGUAUAUUUGGAUACUGAAAAUGUUUCAACAGGCUUUGUGUUUUUGUAGUGGCUAUAGGUCUUCAUCCAAUCAAAAUGAUGUUUAGUUCUUUGUGCA